GCCUCAGCCACCCAGAAGUUCCGCAACUUCAGGAGAGCUGGGCAAGGCUGCAGUUGCCAAGCAGCGUAACACUGAAGGCACUGGCAGGGAAGGGGGAGAUUUUCGGCUCCCUUUGCACCAUCUGGCUGCUGGAUUCCUCUGAGGGCCAGUGCAGUCUGCUGUGUAAUUACAGCGCUGCCCACGGGCACCUCACCAGAGGAGUGGAGAGAGGGGGCACCAGUGCAGCUCUCAUGCUCCCUGAAGUGGCCCUGCUCUGUUGCUAGCUUGGCAGCCAGUUGGUAUCGGCUUGGAGGAUUGGGCCUCUCAUGGUGUUUGUCGCCACUGCUGCGAGGCCAGCCUGCUGCCACCCAUUCUGGCUCCUAGGAUUUGUCCUGCUGCUGCUGCUGCCUGGGGCUUGCAGUCAGUGUGGGGCCCUGCCAAGCCUGAGUCAUGCCAUCCCUUCUAGUACUAAUCACAAAGAGGGCUUCCCUAUCGGCACAGAAGUGACAUACAAGUGCAGUGCUGGCUUUGUUAAAAUCCCAGGAAAGUCAGACACUGUCGUUUGCCUUUCAAACUCACAGUGGUCAAACAUAGAAGAGUUUUGUAGUCGCAGCUGUCUUGCCCCGCCAAGGUUAAAGUCUGCUGUGUUAAGUGCUGAGGAUUUGAGGAAGAAUUACUACCCUGUUGGGACCAGUGUGAGUUAUGUCUGUCGCCCAGGGUAUGAGAGAACUGAACUGAGUCCUGUCAUUACUUGUCUUGAAAAUUUAACAUGGGGGGAAGCCCCUGAGUUUUGUCUAGGAAAAUCUUGUAGUGUUCCAAAAAGCCCAGAACAUGGCAGACUUGUUGAUGCAACAAAUAACCGGUUUGGUGCAAAAGUAAACAUACUUUGUGAUGAUGGAUACCGAGUAAAGGGGAGAACUUUCAUCCAGUGUUUGCUUAAAGGAGAUCAAGUUGAAUGGAGUGAACCUCCAACUUGUGAAUUCAUAAUUACCCAGGACAAACCCACAACUGUCCCUCCCAAAGGAACAGAAGUAACUGGCAUUUCCUCAGGUUCUGCGCUAAAUACAGCUGGCAACUCUACUGCACUUGAAGGUGGAGGGCUUGGCAUACUCAUUGACAUAGGCAUUGGCACCAGUAUUGGCAUCGUAGUUCUUGGUGCAGUUGCUGCAAUUAUACCAUUGGCAGUUUUGAAGAAAAAUAGGAUCAAGGUCAAUGCUAGCUAAUGGCUUACAAAUUAACAGAUAUAAUAUUGGAAGAAAAGAAUGGAAAAGUUAGGAAAUAAGCUUCAUACAUUUGCACUGAAUUUUGGUAGUGAAAAUAGACCCCUCUCAGGCACUUUCACUACAACUUUUCUCCUUUGAACUGGACUUGUAAUUGGAAUCCACUGCAUUUGAAAAAAGCAAAAGGGAAGUGGAUCAUCCCUUUUGUCUUUAAAAACUGGUUUCUGAAGCAAGCAAAGGCAGUUGGCAGCAUCAGAAUUGCUUGCUGUUCUGUACACGCAGCUGGCUCUUUAUUCUGCCUUUCCAUAGUGCUAAAUGCUUCACCUUUUAAAGAACAUGUUGGCCAUCUGAGUGUGGCAUAGUUUGGAUUGUGGGUUUUAGCUGCAGGUGGCAAGAGAGCCUGUUUAGAUGCCUGCGUACAGGCUUCCAUCAUGAUGUGCAUAAUAUUAGUCUUUAAACCCAAAUGUAAAGGUGCCAGACUCUAAAUGGAAUGUUGUGGAUUCUUGAUGUGACCUUUCUUCAGAUUUAGUCUUCAGCUACAGAUGUUUGUUGAAGUGAGACUCUCUUCAGAUAAAUCUACCUUUUGUUCCCAGCUCUCUAACUUCGGUUUAUUUUUACAAAUUUGAUAUAUAGUGUCUCCCCUAAGAGAAAAGAGUGAAGUGUGUGAAUUUACAUGAAGUUCCAGAGAUGUUCAAAAUACUCAUUGCUGAGUUUUUAAUAAAAUGUACUGAAAAUAAGGCAGCCUGAAUCAACUAGCACUUUGUAAGAAGUAAGCAAUGAGAUCAAAAGUGUACUCCAUAGCAAGUUCUUCAGUGGUUUGGUGACUAAAUUUAAUUUUAUGUUUUAAUCAUCAAAAAAUGUCUUUGGAGGUCUGAAAACAACUUUUUUAAAUUCAGGAAAUGGCACUCUCUGCUGGUAAGAUGGCGGUGAGUGCAAUCCAAUAUAUCAUAAUUUAUUUUAUCUUUUAAAACACGUUGUUUAUAUUCUUUUUUACAAUCACAACUAUGUUGAGUUUUGUUUAGCAAUAUGCAUAAAUCUUUCCACGGGUAGUGAAACUGUAACCGAAGGAAUUUGUGGGAUUUGUCAUCUUUUUAAUGUAUUUUUCUUAAAUAAAAGGAAUACUGAAUGAA